AUGACGGUUUCAUACACCCUCAAAGUGGCGGAGGCUCGCUUCGGAGGCUUCUCUGGCUUGCUUCUCCGUUGGAGGGGAAGCAUCUACAAGCUCCUCUACAAAGAGUUCCUCCUCUUCAUCGCCCUGUAUGCUCUGCUCAGCAUCACUUACCGGUUGCUGCUGACCCAGGAGCAGAGGCAUGUAUAUGCUCAGGUGGCCCGAUACUGUAAUCGUUCGGCAGAUCUCAUCCCCUUAUCCUUUGUACUGGGUUUCUACGUGACCCUGGUGGUGAACCGCUGGUGGGCCCAGUAUACAAGCAUCCCGCUGCCAGACCAGCUGAUGUGCGUCAUCUCGGCCAGCGUGCACGGCGUAGACCAGCAUGGCCGCCUGCUGCGCCGUACCCUCAUCCGCUAUGCCAACCUGGCGUCUGUGCUGGUGCUGCGCUCAGUCAGCACCCGCGUGCUCAAGCGUUUCCCCACUAUGGAGCACGUGGUGGAUGCAGGUUUCAUGUCCCAGGAAGAGAGGAAAAAGUUUGAGAGCCUGAAAUCCGACUUCAACAAGUACUGGAUCCCAUGUGUCUGGUUUACUAACCUGGCGGCCCAGGCCCGGAGGGAUGGGAGAAUCCGUGAUGACAUUGCUCUCUGCCUGCUCCUGGAAGAGCUGAACAAGUACCGGGCCAAGUGCAGCAUGCUAUUCCACUAUGACUGGAUCAGCAUACCUCUCGUCUACACCCAAGUGGUGACCAUAGCCGUAUACUCCUACUUUGCCCUCUCCCUGGUCGGCCGCCAGUUUGUGGAGCCAGAGGCAGGGCCUGCCAAACCUCGGGAGCCAUUAGAGCCAGGCCAGGAGCCAGCGUCUACUCUGGGGGACCUGGACAUGUAUGUGCCUCUCACCACUCUGCUGCAGUUCUUCUUCUAUGCUGGCUGGCUCAAGGUGGCUGAACAGAUUAUCAACCCCUUUGGGGAGGAUGAUGAUGACUUUGAGACUAACCAGCUCAUAGACCGCAACUUACAGGUGUCCCUGCUCUCCGUAGACGACAUGUACCAGAACCUGCCUCCCGCCGAGAAGGACCUGUACUGGGACGAAGACUCAGCGCAGCCGCCUUACACGGUGGCCACGGCAGCAGAGGCUCUGCGGCCUUCCUUCCUGGGCUCCACCUUCAACCUUCGCGUGAGCGACGACCCCGAGCAGAACGUGCAGGUGGACACGUCCCCAGUGUCCGCUAGGCCGCUCCCGGCCGCGCAGACCCCGUUGCUCGGCCACUUGUUUGCCGCAGGAGCACCCUCGCCCGCGAUCAGCCUCCGGACCUUUGGCCGCGUACGCGGAGCUCCCCGGACCCCUCAUCUACUGCGCUUGCGAGCGGAGGAGGGCGGCGACCCCGAGGCCGCGGACCGCAUUGAGGAGGCGUCGGUGGGGUCAGGGGACGAGGCCGGGGAGCCCUGA